GCAUUGCCAAGAAGAUAGCAACUAAGCAAGCUUUGCAUAACAUGAAUUUAAAACAAGUUUGAAAGGCACAUUCAAAAGAAUCAAUUAAAAGUUUGCUGGCAGCCCCAUAAUCCAGAAAUGUUUUGAGUUCUCUACGAAGGUAUCCCUGGCCACAAUUAAUCUUAGGGACAGAGUAAAGAGAAAAUAGCUUCAAGAUGGUAAACUGCGACCACUUAUCACCCCUAGGAGAUUAUCUAUAUCAACUGUACAAAAGUCAGGUUCUAUGUGACCUGUCAAUCAUUACAAGAACUGGUACAACAGUCCUGGCUCACAAACUAGUGGUGGCAGCAUUUUCUGACACAAUUAGGACAGAGGUAGAGAAAUGGAAAGAUUUACCUCAAGUGUCCAUUGUUGUAGAUUGUGAAGUGGCAGUCUUAAUGGGAUUUUUAGAUUAUAUGUACACUGGAAAUCUACAUCAUAGUGAAGAGUUGUUUCCCCUGCUACAGAAUGUAAGUCAUGGUUUACAGAUUCCAUCACUUCAAAAAUAUUUGGAAGAAUAUCAACCAAAUUUAGCAAGGCCAAGUAAUGGAGAUGAUGCACAAGAAGGGGAAGUAACUGGUAUAAAAAAGGAAUAUGAAGGAACUAUUUCAGAUAUAUCUGAACACACAAGCAUUGAAGAGUCAAAUGAAGUAAGGGAGAUAAAUGUCAUUACAAGGAAAGAGAAAGGAACUAUUUCAGAUAUAUCUGAACACACAAGCAUUGAAGAGUCAAAUGAAGUAAGGGAGAUAACUGUCAUUCCAAAGAAAAAGAAAGGAACUAUUUCAGAUAUAUCUGAACAGACAAGCAUUGAAGAGUCAUAUGAAGUAAGGGAGAGAAAUGUCAUUACAAGGAAAGAGAAAGGAACUAUUUCAGAUAUAUCAGAUCAGACAAGAAUUGAAGAGUCAUAUGAAGAAAGGCAGAUAACUAUGAAAACAAAUGGUGUAAAUGGAGACUGUGUCUGUAACUUUGUCAGUGGGAAGGUGAAAAAUGGAAGAAAUUUAGAAAUGAAUAAGUCAUUUGACAGUCAAAGUUUUGAAAUGUGUGAUGAUUUAGGGGUAGAAGAUGAUGAAACUUCUGCUGAUGUUGAUGGCAGUAUUGCAUCAUGGGAAGGUGGGACAGAGGUCAUUAAUGAGUCCCCAGGGACAAGUAAUAUGCCAAAGCAAGGGAAACAAGAUAGUUUGAUCAAAGAGUCAUAUGUACUGCUAGAAAGAAUUGAUAGUCUUGUCCAUCCUAAAGACUGUGACAAGACUUCAGGAAAAACAGAUCAAAACAAUACCCAUGAUACCUCAGGACAUGUUGUCAAAGCAUCAUCUAUUUUAGUGAAAGAAGGGGGAAAUAAAUAUACAGUGGAUGCAAAACAUUUGACAAACAGAAAAAAGAAAACUAUCAAUUAUGAUAGACACAGACUUUUGAUGAAUCAUUCACAAAGUUCAUUUAGAAAAUUGAAACCUACCAUGAAAAAGUUUGAAAAGAAGAAUUUAGCUGAAUUGUUUGUUUGUAAAUUGAAGAAACUUUACGCAAAACAGUAUAAAGACAUACUAGUACAAAAGAUAGGAUAUUCCUGUAAAAUUUGUAAAGUUUGGCAUAAAAGUAUAUCUCGCAUCAAACUUCACAUAAAUUUGAAACACAGAAACAUACAACGAGGAAAAAAGAAAUCUUCAAGCAAAAAAAGAAGAAAAUGUAAAUCUAAGAAAAGAAGUAAACAUACGCUUGAAAAAAGAAAGAAUAUAAUGGAGAAAAUUGAAAAAAAAAUUCAGAAUUUUGAAUGUUUCAGAUGUGACAAAGGUUACUUGGGUAUUCGUGGAUUAGCAACUCAUCUCAUUGAAAAACAUAAACUCAAAUCUAACAGGGUGCAGAAAUUGACCGGCUAUCCAAAAUAUUUCAAGUACAAGAAAUUUUCUAAUCAAAAAUGCAAAGAAUGUAGUAUAUACUUUGAUUCAUUGAGUGACUUUAGAGCACAUUGUCGAAGUGUUCACAAGAAAAAACAUUUAGAUCCGGAUAUAGCUUGUACGUACAAAAAUUGUUCGGAAAAAUUUCUACUUGAAUCAGAACUAAAUGAACACAUAGUUGAAUUUCAUGAAAUUCAUGCGAGAAAAACUGUUGAGCAUAUGAUCUUAAGGCGAGGUGAGGUCAAAGUUUCACAUGGUGUUGAAUCUGUUGACAGAUAUGAUCUUUCUAGACAGGGAAAAGAAUUAAAACAUCAGAAAACACCGACAGGUGACUAUCGUAAAGUUGAUGUAAUAAAACAGACAAUGACAUGUGUAGAUUGCGAAAGAAAUUUCACGAAUCUACGUAAUCUUUCAAAUCAUUUACAAAGUAUACAUAAGUACACAUUUGAACAGGCAAGGGAGGUAACUGGUUAUCCAUCUUUUGUUAGAAUAAUAGGACAAACAAAGAAGGUUUCAAAAUAUCAGAAAUUUCAGAAGCACAGAGGAAAUCUUAAAGAAUUACAAAUGACAAAAGACACAUCUGAUAAAGAAAGUACUGAGAAUGAAAAGUUACCAACGUCUACUGAAAGUCAAAUUUCUUCAUAUCAGAAGAAGAAAAUCAGUAAUGUUUUAUUACCAUCAGAGAAGGACAGAUGCAUUGAAUGUCCCAAGUCGUCAAUUUGUAGACAUAAGUUAAUAGAAAAAGAAGUAAAACAUAAGAAAAUAUCUACAGGUUACCCACGUAAAGUUGAUGUAAUGAAACAGACAAUGACAUGUGUAGAUUGCGAAAGAAAUUUCACGAAUCUACGUAACCUCUCAAAUCAUCUACAGAGUAGUAUACAUAAGUACACAUUUGAACAGGCAAGGGAGGCAACUGGGUAUCCAUCUUUUGUAAGAAUAAUGACAAAAGAUACUUCUGAUAAAGAAAGUUCUGAAAAUGCAAUAGAAAAUUUUACCAAGGCUAUUGAAAGUCAAAGGUCAUCUUAUCCGAAGAAGACAAUCAAGUACAAAGUUCUAUUACCAUCAAAGAAAUACACGUGUAAUAGAUGUCCAAAGUCGUCAGUCUGUAGAAAUAAGUUAAUACAUAAAAAUCAUAGAGAAAUAAGACAUAAGAAAAUACUUGUUUCAAAAUUGUUUACCAGCCAAUUAGUUCUAAAGAAAAAUAUCUUUCAGAGCUUUUCAUGUAUAAAACAUCUUUCCAAAAAGCCAUUCCAACAAGGUUCAGUAAUUAUUAGUAUGUUGGAUUCAAACAAUAGGGGUUCUCUUGGCUCCUUGCUGAAUCAAAGUAAUGGAAAUCAGAAAAGGUGCAAAGGAAACCAGUUUACUUGUUUGAAAUGUGGAUUAUCAUUCCAAUACUACAGCAGUGCAUCAUUGCACUUCAAGAAAAAACAUGGAAAACUUCAGUUACGACAACGAUCCAUUACUUCCAGAAUAAAAAAGCAUGUGAACAUACGUUCUUCUUUGUUUUCUAGAGAGUCAUGCUUACGUAAGGUACACGUAGAAUUUAAUGACAAAAAUAGAACAUGUGACAAAUGUAAGAAGACCUUUUCAUCUGUGCGAAAGUUAUCCCGCCAUUUGAAAGACACCAAAUGUCAUGCUGAUUACCAACCAUUAAAGCAGACGUGCUCCACAUGUAAAGUUGAUGUAAGAAAGCAGACAAGAACAUGCAAGGGAGGCAACUGGUUAUCCAUCACAUAUUAA